AUGUAUUUGGGAGAUAGUCACGUUCUACUCAAUACUUUGUGCUGGUGCUGCCAUCGAAAAAUCUGGUUACACUCCGGGGAGGCCUGCUGCCACUGCAGGACUGAACCCCCUCAACCCUGA